UUUGCUCACAAUCAUGGGUCAGCUCUUCUCUAAUACACCAAAGAAUGAAGACAAUGGAAAUUUGGAGUCCAGCUUUUCUGAAUAUUUUAGGAAUUAUAAGCCAGAAAACCAAAUCAUUUCUGAGGAAACCAUCCAUUCAAUAGAGUUAUGCCUGAAAAGGGGGGAUCUUCAGAGAGCAAACUCUAUAAUCUGUGAUGCACUAAAAAAUAUUGAUAAUGCCCCAAUAAAUAUUGCUGUGACGGGAGAGUCUGGAGCAGGGAAGUCCAGCCUCAUCAAUGCCUUGAGACAGGUUAAACACGAAGGGAAAGGUGCAGCUAAAGUGGGGGUGACAGAGACAACCACGAAGGUAGAUUCAUACAAACACCCCAAAAUUAAAAAUUUGACAUUAUGGGACCUGCCUGGUAUUGGAACUAUGAAAUUUCCACCAAAAGAUUAUCUAGAAAAAGUAGACUUCAAAAAGUAUGACUUCUUCAUUAUUGUUUCUGCCACACGAUUUACAAAGCAAGAACUAGACCUUGCCAAAGCAAUCAAAAUUAUGAAAAAGAAUUACUACUUCGUGAGAAGCAAGGUGGACUUUGAUCUAGACAAUGAAAAGAAAUCCAAACCAUCUGACUUUGUCAGAGAAGACAUCCUGAUUCAGAUCCGAAAAUCCUAUCUGGAUACCUUUAGGGAGAAUAAAAUUGAUGCACCUCAGAUUUUCUUGAUAUCUAGCCACAACUUAUCUGACUAUGAUUUUCCAGCCCUGAUGGACACCCUUGUUAAGGACCUUCCUACUGAAAAGCGCCGCAACUUUCUGCUUUCCUUGCCUAAUAUUACUGAGGCAGCCAUUCAAAAAAAGUACAACUCUGUUAAGCAGUUUAUCUGGUUGGAGGCCAUGAAGGAUGGACUUUUGGCGACUGUUCCUGUACUGGGCAUUUUACAGGACUUGGAUAUGGAGAGGCUGAAGAAGAGUUUAGACUACUAUCGUGACCUCUUUGGAGUCGAUGACGAAUCCCUAAAGCUCAUGGCUAAGGAUGCCCAAGUGCCUGUUGAACUGCUGAAAAAAAAACUUAAAUCUCCUUAUUUGUUGAAACUUAAGGAGGAAACAUUAGGAGCAUUGCUUUUGAACUAUUUGGAGAAAUUUGCCUCAGCUAAUGGUGGGCUCCUGGCAACAGGUCUUUACUUCAGGAAAACCUACUACCUACAAUUUCAUUUCCUUGAUACAGUGGCUGAAGAUGCCAAAGUUCUCCUUCAAGAGGCAUAUCCAAAAAAAUAGCUCAAACUCAUCUUGCCCAUAGCUUCUGACAAUUACAAGGCCAGCUGGUUAAUACCAGGGAAUCAUUAGAUAAAUUCCCAUUCUGACAUCUUUUCUGUAUACUAGCCAAUCUACUACAUCUACAGGAGAAACCUAAGGAAUAGGGUCAUGGGUAAUACUAUGUCAGAACCUGACAAUCUCCAAUCCCUCUUCAACUCUCUAUAUUCCCUAAAACCUUGUUCUCUGUCUUUGAACUCCACGUGUAUGCUUGUACACACACACACACACACACACACACACACACACACACUCCUGAACAUUUCUUCUCGCUCUCAUUAAUCCUGUGUUGGAAAGUGAAUUGCAUGACUUACAAAUUCUAUUAACAAGAAGCCUUUAAGAACCAAAGUAAAAGAAAUCAUAGCCACCAAUCAUAAGUUUACAGUUACUAAUCAAUUCCUAAAAUACCUAUCAUAAUCUUUCUAGAUACAAUAAAGAACAUCAAUAAUUUUGUGCCAGGUCCUGUGGAGAACCCUGGGUUCCUUCUUUCUAUCAUUGUCUAUCUUGAUUAUGAUUGUGAAGAAAUGUUAUAAUACUUAAUAAAUUGUUGAUUACAAA